UCGCUUCAGCGGGCCUCGUCCCUUCGUCCUCCCGGCGAUACGCUGUGCGUUAUGACGCCAGGCCGUUUGACGAGCGCGUUACGUGGGACUGAGAGCGGCGCAGCAGCACGGAUCCGUUAUGUAAUGCACUGGAUGCUGCUGCACGGCGGAGACAAGCAGGGGAGAAACUGACGGAUGGCUUAUUUAGUGGCAGAUAAAAAACGACGUGUUGGCUCAACACUGAACGCGCAGAGAUCUGCUGUCUGCAACAACAAUGAUCAGAGUAAAUCUGGGGAGCGCGGUGUGACCGAGCCCGUCUGGGCAACAGUGGCCUAUCCCUGAGGCGCACAGACGUCUGGAGCCUGCGGAAACUGCUGCACAGUCUUUUUUAUUUUUAUUAUUAUUUUUUUUAGCCGACCAGAGGCGCGUCUCUGUUUGAAUCCGUCUCCUCCAUCAGUGGAAAUAAACCAAUGCGGGUUUGUUUCAGAGAAGAAACAGGCUAUUUAGUUCUCCAUCGCACUGGUUUCAUCCAACAGCCACUGCGCUGUAGUAUAAACAAUGGCGGGUCCCGAGCAGUCCCAGCAGCAGCAGCAGGUAGAGGAGAAAGCAGAGCACAUAGAUGAUGCUGAGAUGGCCCUGCAAGGGAUCAACAUGCUGCUCAACAACGGAUUCAAAGAGAGCGACGAGCUUUUCAGGAGAUACAGGACUCAGAGCCCACUGAUGAGCUUCGGGGCAAGCUUCGUCAGUUUCCUGAACGCCAUGAUGACGUUUGAGGAGGAGAAGAUGCAGACGGCCUGUGACGACCUGAGGACCACCGAGAAGCUGUGUGAGAGCGACAGCGCCGGAGUCAUCGAGACAAUCAGAAACAAGAUUAAAAAAAGUAUGGACUCCCAAAGGUCAGGCGUUGUGGUGGUGGACCGCCUACAGAGGCAGAUUAUUGUGGCUGACUGUCAGGUGUACCUCGCCGUGCUCUCCUUCGUCAAGCAGGAACUUUCAGCGUAUAUCAAAGGCGGCUGGAUUCUACGCAAGGCGUGGAAAAUGUACAACAAGUGCCACAGUGACAUCAGCCAGCUGCAGGAGGCCUGUCAGCGGAGGUCCUCUGUCCACCAGGAGUCCCUCUCGACGGACAACGCCAACCACAAUGCUCCGGUGGAGAACUGCGUGACGGCUGAGGCCCUGGACCGCCUCAAGGGCUCCGUCAGCUUCGGCUACGGCCUCUUUCACCUGUGCAUCUCCAUGGUCCCCCCGCACCUGCUCAAGAUCAUCAACCUGCUGGGUUUUCCCGGUGACCGUCUCCAGGGCCUGUCCUCCCUCAUGUAUGCGAGUGAGAGCAAGGACAUGAAGGCACCACUAGCUACGUUGGCCCUCCUGUGGUACCACACGGUGGUGCUGCCUUUCUUUGCUCUGGAUGGCUCUGAUACGCAUGAGGGGCUGCUGGAAGCCAAAGCUAUUCUGCAGAGGAAGUCCGUGGUUUACCCCAACUCCUCGCUCUUCAUGUUCUUUAAAGGACGAGUUCACAGGUUAGAGUGCCAUAUCAACAGUGCUUUGGCCUGUUUCCAUGAUGCAUUAGAGCUUGCAUCAGACCAAAGAGAGAUCCAGCAUGUGUGUCUCUAUGAGAUCGGUUGGUGUAGCAUGAUAGAGAUGAAUUUUGAAGAUGCAUACAGGUCGUUUGAAAGGCUGAAGAAUGAGUCGCGUUGGUCGCAGUGCUACUAUGCCUACCUGACCGGAGUGUGUCAGGGGGCUGCGGGUGACCUGGAUGGAGCGAGUGGAGUUUUCAAAGAUGUGCAGAAGCUGUUCAAGAGAAAAAACAAUCAGAUAGAGCAGUUUGCGGUCAAAAGGGCUGAGAGACUGAGAAAGAUCUCGCCCACCAGAGAGCUAUGCAUCCUCGGUGUCAUUGAAGUGCUGUAUCUGUGGAAAGCGCUACCAAACUGCUCGUCAUCUAAACUGCAGAUAAUGAAUCAGGUGUUGCAGAGUUUAGAUGAGGCUUCGUGCAGAGGCCUGAAACACCUCCUCCUUGGUGCCGUUCACAAAUGUCAUGGAAACAUGAGGGAUGCUGUUCAGUCAUUCCAGCUGGCUGCUAGAGAUGAGUACGGUCGGCAGAUCAACUCGUACGUUCAGCCGUACGCCGUCUAUGAGCUCGGAUGUAUACUCCUUGCAAAACAGGAGACUCUGGGAAAAGGAAGAUCAUUGCUGCUUCAAGCAAAGGAGGAUUUUACAGGCUACGACUUUGAGAACAGGCUUCAUGUCCGCAUCCAUUCAGCCCUGGCUUCUUUGAAGGAAGUAGUGCCUCAGUGACUGCAGGAAAAGAAGGGAACCUACGAUGGCUGAAGUUCGCUCAUGGCUUUUUACACCAAGUUUCCAGCCAUUUAAAAUACCUGUAUCAUCCCAGUGAGCAAACUCGUGUUUUUCAUUCUUAAAGAUUUUGGGGAAAUACACUUGUUAGUCAUCUUACCCUGGCAAAUUGAUACAAAGUGUCAUCUUUUUGUAUUUGGUAUAGAUACUUCAUAUGGGGAUUUGUCAACUCAGCACAAAGUAGACAGAAAUGGGUAGCCAAGAUAUGGCUCGCAAAUUACGGCUAAAAACAUGGCGUCACGAGAUCACUGCCAUCUUUGUUUGGGGGAAAGGCAGUGUGUAUCGUGUGGUCUGUACGCUUUGAUUUUUAUCGUAUGUGGUAAAUUUCACAACCUCAAAUUCGAUUUAAUUGGAAGACUUUUGAGACCAAGCUCUAACCCUGCCACAAAGCAGUCACUAGUGAAAAAUUUUAAUACCACAGCUUUUCUGAAUCUUCAUGAACCAUUCCUGCUGAAAAAAUAAUCAGCUUUUGCUGGCAGCUGGUUUUAGUUGAUUUUAGCUCGUCGAAGAUGGUCUUCGAUGGCUCUGAUCCAGUUCUUGCUGGUCUUUGAUGGUCUGACAUGCUGGAAAAAUUUACCUUAAACUGGUAAAAAAAACAACAACUGGCCAACCAAUUUAACCAUCUUAAGCUGAUGAAGCAGUUUUUUGCAGCAGGGAUAUACUCCCUUUACAUAAGACAUAUGUGGGGUUAUCAGAAGGUGCUGUUUUCACUUUGAUGGAGCUAAGGUGGCUAUUUUUCAUUGUUUUCUGGCCUAUUUCUGAAAAGAAUGCGCAGAGAUUAAAUUAAAAUCAAUCCUUCACACUGGGCAAAAUAACAAACAAGCCUAUUUCCCCAAAUCUUUGUUUCUUUGAGUGUUUUCCUCACCCGAAUGUGUUAGCUAGCUAGUAACAGUUUUCCUCAUUGACUUGUGUAUUUGGAGGAUUUAAGUACCGCCUUCAUUCAGUGAGCAGUUCAGUAAUAGAAAUAAUGACAUCAUAUUUCCU